GUCGUCUGAUGCUCGAGCUGCUCGUUCGAGGUCGAUGCUCAUCGAGCAUUGCUGCUGAGGAUUCUGUCUGUGACGUAAAGAUUUGGAGUUGGGAAUUGGUUUGGAAUUGGUUUGGAAGUGGGGCGAGGUUCGUGAUAUGCAUCGCGCAGAAACGGAGGCGGCGACGACGGCGGCGGCGGUGGUGGUGGUGGUGGUGGUGGCAGGAGGUACGAGCUGAAGAAUUGAAGGCUUCGGUGAGAAGGAAUUCGAGGGGAGGUUGUGGAACGGCAUCGUCAGUAGGGAGGAGAUGAGGAUCGCACCAGUGCCGCGGCUGGUGGCGAGUCGAGUGGCGUGCAUGCGAAGUGGCCAAGUUGUGAUUCGCGAUGUGAACAUGACUCUGCACGAAGGUGGGGCUAUGCUCCUCACUGGUCCGAAUGGCUCCGGAAAAUCGACGUUUCUACGCCUGCUUGCAGGAUUCCUAAAGCCCAGUGCGGGUCAGCUACUUUGGGAUGGACAUGAUCUUUCUGGUCCUGGCUUAUACGAUGAGUACAGGACACAAGUGCACCUUGUGGGCGCUAAGGAUGGGAUCAAGGCCCAGAUGAGUGUGUACGAGAAUGUGCAAUUUUGGGAACUACUAGAGGGCCUUGACGGAGGUACCAUGCCUGCACUUGAAUAUAUGGGAAUCGCUCAUUAUGCGGAAAGGGAGGGUGCCGUCCUUUCCUUAGGUCAGAGGAAACGGUUACAGUUGGCUAGACUGUUAGCAAUACCGAGACCACUUUGGCUGCUGGAUGAACCAUCUGUCGGUCUUGAUUCCCAGGGGGUGAAGCUUCUUGAGCAGAUGAUAUAUAAUCAUCGCCAACAGGGGGGUAUGGCUCUAGUGGCAACCCAUGUACCCAUCGGGCUUCGAGAUCACCAGGAUUUGAAGUUUCCAGCAAGAAACUUUGAGACGGUGCAGCCUUUUGGAGGUCUGUGACUUUCAGCGCCCACUCGAAGUUCAAUCGAGAUGAAAUUAAAUGUUGGUAAGUAGUAAGAGUUCCGUCUGCGGGCGCUACGAUCUCUGCAAAAAUCAUUACAGUUCGUAUUAUCAAAUAAUGGAAAAAUGUGAGUUUCAAGCGUCGCCGUCGUCUCUUAUAUAAAGCCACCAGCUUUACUGUCACAUUUUGCCGGCUGUGUAGGAUAAUUAUGAAUCAUUUAGCCGGUCCGAGAAGAACCUCGCGAGUUAUCAGAGAUGUGGGAAAAGCCAAGUGCAAUUCAAAUUCAUUUCUUCAGCUCAAGAUAUGAGUUAAUCAGUGUGCUGUGUCAUGGAUCACAUUUUCUUCUAGCCUACAACUCAACUGUAGAGGGUCGAAUUUGUCUGCAGAAAUGCUUGCUUGUUUGAAGCUAGUGCACAAAUAACCUGUAUGUGCGAGUAUUCUUCGACUGAAGAGUCUUCCUUGUACUUCCUCAUUGUGGUGUCGUCACUGAACUAUCAUUUUGUGUAAGACGAAGUGAUUCAUGAUUAAUCUCACAGUAAUACCUCUCGUG